AUGGAGCCGUGGGAGACCACAUGGAUUGAACAGGACCCCUCUUUCCUUUCUCUCGGCGGUCUGACCGACAAGUUGAAAAAGGUCUCAGACUCCCGCGUUCUUGUCUCGUCCAAGUUCCUGGUCUACAGCCAUACCUCUCAGGACAGCUACACGACCUUUAUGCUCUCGGAGAAGGAGCUCGGCAAUGCCGGCGCGUCUCGCGCCUCGAUCUUGAUGAAGGCCGGAGCCUGCGUGGGUGGCACCAUCAUCGGUUACGCAUCGCAGUGGCUGGGACGCCGCCGCGCCAUCAUCCUGAGCGCUCUGAUCAGCGCCUGCUUGAUCCCUGCCUGGAUCCUGCCCGCCGACGAGGCCUCGCUCUCGGCCUCGGGCUUCUUCAUGCAGUUCUUUGUGCAGGGCGCCUGGGGAGUCAUCCCCAUCCACCUGAACGAGCUCUCGCCCGCCGCCUUCCGGUCGUCGUUCCCCGGCAUCACCUACCAGCUGGGCAACAUGAUCUCGUCGCCGUCGGCCCAGAUCGUUAACGCCAUCGCCGAGACCAACUUCAUCCGCAACCACAAGGGCGACAUCGUCGAGGCCUACGGCCCGACCAUGGGUAUCGCCACCGCCAUCAUCGCCAUGGGCAUCGUCACCUGGACGGCCUUUGGACCCGAGCGCAAGGGUCGCAAGUUCGAGCAGGAGCUGCCCGCCGGCGCCGCCAACGUUGUUCCGGAAAAGACGCUGGAUGAUGACUUGGAGGCGGGCCACGUCGGGGAGAAGCCAGAGGCUACAACUGCUGAAAAGGCAUAA